ACCUCCUCAACAAGGCCCAUCCUCACAUCCUUCGAUCCACCUUUCACAAAUCCCACUUAUCACAAGCCUUGUAAUCAAGAUGGCUGAUCCACGAAAACCCCAACCCAAGCAAGAAUCAGACCCAGAGCCAGAUAUCCAGGUGGUUUCGCACACGCCGCAAGAGUGGAACCACCUGCGAACAGAGAGCAGUCGAGGUCAACUCUUACGAGAUCUCAUCGAAAAUGGAAUGGGCCCGACAAUUGCCCGGGAGCAAGUUGAGAAAGACUUCGCAAAGCGCGGAUACACUCGCACGGCGAAACCUCCGCCCCCACCAUCUUUGGAACCUUCUCUAGCAUCACUUCCAGCGCGACCAAAGCCUUCAAGUCAGAAACCCUGGGAAACGCAUCCAUCGCCUUCUGCAACAACGAGCCCCUCUCCGUCAAGUCAGAUGGAGAGAAACAAGUCGCCUCAGCUGCCGAGAGCAGGUGUUCCAUCAUCUGCUCCGACAACGAAUCCGCCUCCAUCUAGCCGUAUGGGAAGAGACAAAUCCCCUCAGCGGCCGAGAUCAAAAUCGCCAGCUCUAUCAUCCCCAACUUCUAUGACGGUAAGAGUUGAGCCUAGACCAAAGACCAAACGCAGCUCUUCCCACCGAGAUAAGAAAGAAAUCCGUUCCUCAUCCUCAUCAAAUUGCACGACUGCUCCGCCACCAAACACACGACCAACUGCUCCAUAUGCAUCGUCAGCUUCUAUGGCGGAGGGAAGUGAGUCUCGAUCAGAGAAAAAACAUCGCUCCUUCUAUCCGAAAAGCAAAGCAACCUCUUCUACAUCUUCAAAACGCACCAACGCUUUGCCACCCCAAACGCGAAGCUCUCCCUCCGCACGGAAUCGAAGACCACGAUCUCCGCCCUCUCCAGUGCGGGUCCGCUCGCCUUCUCCUCAGAGCAGCCACCGCUCUCAUCGUCCAUCUUCUAGUCGUAGUCGAUCCCCGUCCAUUUCAGUGUGGAUACCUCCGUCUUCUCGUCGAAACAACAAUCACCAUCCUCCCCCAUCUUCCAGCCGCGGUCGAUCCCGAUCCCGAUCCCGAUCUGUUCAGAGCAGCUAUCGCCACCAUUCCCGAUCCACCAUCCGUGGCCGAAGUCCCUCUAUUGCCGCAAAGCCUGAGAAGGCGGACCCGGACAUGGACGAGCAAUGGCGCAAAGACGUCGAGCGAGAGAGACAGAGAGAGGAGCAGGAAAAUAUUGAUCGUGGAAUCAAUCCAACCCUCGUAAAAAGCAUGGCCGACGAAAAGUACAAAUUUGUCAACGGUCCUCCGCCUCCUACGAAUUAUCUCACCAAUGAGGAACGGAAGACCAUAGAUAGGUUGGAGACGUAUCAUGCCGAAAGAGGGUACAUAUUUCCGCCGCCAGGUACUGAGUAUUGUGACAGGGCGUAUGUGUUGAAGGCGUGGAUAGAGAAAAACCCAGAAGCUGCGCAUUCCCGCGAUCCUAUUACCUCGCACAGCUCUCCUGGUACAGGAGGUGGAAGUAGAGACCGUAGAGGGCAUUAUCAGUCUAGCCCAGGCGCAAUUAAUUCAGAUACCAGUUCGAGUGAGGAGACUCUACCCCUACUCGGACUCGCCAGCUUAGGUCAGAGACUGCAGACCACGGAGGCCGCUUGUCACUUGAGGAUAGGGUAUCCAAUACCUCCACCGGGUACAAGCCUGGUUGUGAGAUUUAGCUUGCUCGACGAUUGGCAAGCCAGGAGGGAUAUUUCAUACGUAAGAACACCCGGCAUAGCGGAACUUGCAGCACGAUACACCGGCAUGUCACCUGCAAGUACCGGCUUUUCAGCAAUGGGGGCAGGCGGUGCUCUGUUGGGAGGUGGGAGACCACAUACACCACGUCCUGACCCUGACCAAGACGCAUUGGUUGACAAGCUUGAAGAGCUGAGGAAAUUGUUGUGGUCAUGAUGGAGGGGAUGACUAUUUCGUACAAUAAGACUAACGCGACUCUUGACUCAAAAUCCGACUUGGACUCUUAUUACUUAGACUCUAACAGUCUGACUCCGACUAAUACCCUCAGCUCCGGCUUUAGAGCGAACGCACUUAGUAAA